CAAACAUGGCUCACGAGUCUUGUGUCGCCAUGUGGGACGUCAUUAAGAAGAUUGUGCUGUGUGGCCGUACGGUCAUCUUCACCAGUCAAAGGUGAGGCCCAAGAAGUCCAGCUGUUCCCAUUGUCGGAGACCGGGCAAAUAUUAAUGCCCCACUACAACAGCAUGGAAGGCAUACACGAGUUGACUUGAGCAUGGACUGAGCCGUCUGACUGGACAUUGUUAUAGCUAAACGGCGAUUGUCUUACAAGACUGAUAGUAAUUCCUGCAAUGCCAUUAGAACAAUACCAGUAGAACAAUGCUAUUAUAACAAUGCAAUUAGAACAAUGCCAUUAGAAAUAUGACAUUAGAGCAAUGCCAUUAGAACAAUACCAUAGUAGGAACAAGUUUGUUGCGUUAAAAAAAAGACAGCUCUAAAUUUUGACACGUGUUUAUGUGAGUGACACGUCUUUUACUUGAGUGACUCUUCUUUUACUUGAGUAACUCGUCUUUUACUUGAGUAACUCGUCUAUUACUUGAGUGACACGUCUUUUACUUGAGUGACUCGUCUUUUACUUGAGUAACUCGUCUUUCACUUGAGUAACUCUUCUUUUACUUGAGUAACUCGUCUUUUACUUGAGUAACUCGUCUUUCACUUGAGUAACUCUUCUUUUACUUGAGUAACUCGUCUUUUACUUGAGUAACUCGUCUUUUACUUGAGUAACUCGUCUUUCACUUGAGUAACUCUUCUUUUACUUGAGUAACUCUUCUUUUACUUGAGUAACUCUUCUUUUACUUGAGUAACUCGUCUUUCACUUGAGUAACUCUUCUUUUACUUGAGUAACUCUUCUUUUACUUGAGUAACUCUUCUUUUACUUGAGUAACUCUUCUUUUACUUGAGUAACUCUUCUUUUACUUGAGUAACUCGUCUUUCACUUGAGUAACUCUUCUUUUACUUGAGUAACUCGUCUUUUACUUGAGUAACUCGUCUUUUACUUGAGUAACUCGUCUUUCACUUGAGUAACUCGUCUUUUACUUGAGUAACUCGUCUUUUACUUGAGUAACUCGUCUUUUACUUGAGUAACUCGUCUUUUACUUGAGUAACUCGUCUUUUACUUGAGUAACUCGUCUUUUACUUGAGUAACUCGUCUUUUACUUGAGUAACUCGUCUUUUACUUGAGUAACUCGUCUUUUACUUGAGUAACUCGUCUUUUACUUGAGUAACUCGUCUUUUACUUGAGUAACUCGUCUUUUACUUGAGUAACUCGUCUUUUACUUGAGUAACUCGUCUUUUACUUGAGUAACUCGUCUUUUACUUGAGUAACUCGUCUUUUACUUGAGUAACUCGUCUUUUACUUGAGUAACUCGUCUUUUACUUGAGUAACUCGUCUUUUACUUGAGUAACUCGUCUUUUACUUGAGUAACUCGUCUUUUACUUGAGUAACUCGUCUUUUACUUGAGUAACUCGUCUUUUACUUGAGUAACUCGUCUUUUACUUGAGUAACUCGUCUUUUACUUGAGUAACUCGUCUUUUACUUGAGUAACUCGUCUUUUACUUGAGUAACUCGUCUUUUACUUGAGUAACUCGUCUUUUACUUGAGUAACUCGUCUUUUACUUGAGUAACUCGUCUUUUACUUGAGUAACUCGUCUUUUACUUGAGUGACUCGUCUUUUACUUGAGUAACUCGUCUUUUACUUGAGUAACUCGUCUUUUACUUGAGUAACUCGUCUUUUACUUGAGUAACUCGUCUUUUACUUGAGUAACUCUUCUUUUACUUGAGUGACUCUUCUUUUACUUGAGUAACUCUUCUUUUACUUGAGUGACUCUUCUUUUACUUGAGUAACUCGUCUUUUACUUGAGUAACUCUUCUUUUACUUGAGUGACUCUUCUUUUACUUGAGUGACUCUUCUUUUACUUGAGUAACUCGUCUUUUACUUGAGUAACUCGUCUUUUACUUGAGUGACUCUUCUUUUACUUGAGUAACUCUUCUUUUACUUGAGUAACUCGUCUUUUACUUGAGUAACUCGUCUUUUACUUGAGUGACUCUUCUUUUACUUGAGUAACUCUUCUUUUACUUGAGUAACUCGUCUUUUACUUGAGUAACUCUUCUUUUACUUGAGUGACUCUUCUUUUACUUGAGUAACUCUUCUUUUACUUGAGUGACUCUUCUUUUACUUGAGUAACUCGUCUUUUACUUGAGUAACUCUUCUUUUACUUGAGUGACUCUUCUUUUACUUGAGUGACUCUUCUUUUACUUGAGUAACUCGUCUUUUACUUGAGUAACUCGUCUAUUACUUGAGUGACUCUUCUUUUACUUGAGUGACUCGUCUUUUACUUGAGUAACUCGUCUUUUACUUGAGUAACUCUUCUUUUACUUGAGUAACUCGUCUUUUACUUGAGUGACUCGUCUUUUACUUGAGUGACUCGUCUUUCACUUGAGUAACUCGUCUUUUACUUGAGUAACUCGUCUAUUACUUGAGUGACACGUCUUUUACUUGAGUGACUCUUCUUUUACUUGAGUAACUCGUCUUUCACUUGAGUAACUCUUCUUUCACUUGAGUAACUCGUCUUUUACUUGAGUAACUCGUCUAUUACUUGAGUGACACGUCUUUUACUUGAGUGACUCUUCUUUUACUUGAGUAACUCGUCUUUUACUUGAGUAACUCGUCUUUUACUUGAGUAACUCGUCUUUUACUUGAGUAACUCGUCUUUCACUUGAGUAACUCGUCUUUCACUUGAGUAACUCUUCUUUUUCUUGAGUAACUCUUCUUUUACUUGAGUGACUCGUCUUUUACUUGAGUGACUCGUCUUUUACUUGAGUGACUCGUCUUUUACUUGAGUAACUCUUCUUUUACUUGAGUAACUCGUCUUUUACUUGAGUGACUCGUCUUUUACUUGAGUAACUCGUCUUUUACUUGAGUAACUCGUCUUUUACUUGAGUAACUCGUCUAUUACUUGAGUGACACGUCUUUUACUUGAGUGACUCUUCUUUUACUUGAGUAACUCGUCUAUUACUUGAGUGACACGUCUUUUACUUGAGUGACUCUUCUUUUACUUGAGUAACUCGUCUUUUACUUGAGUAACUCUUCUUUUACUUGAAUAACUCUUCUUUUACUUGAGUAACUCUUCUUUUACUUGAGUAACUCGUCUAUUACUUGAGUGACACGUCUUUUACUUGAGUGACUCUUCUUUUACUUGAGUGACUCUUCUUUUACUUGAGUAACUCUUCUUUUACUUGAGUAACUCGUCUAUUACUUGAGUGACACGUCUUUUACUUGAGUGACUCUUCUUUUACUUGAGUGACUCUUCUUUUACUUGAGUAACUCUUCUUUUACUUGAGUAACUCGUCUAUUACUUGAGUGACACGUCUUUUACUUGAGUGACUCUUCUUUUACUUGAGUGACUCUUCUUUUACUUGAGUAACUCUUCUUUUACUUGAGUAACUCUUCUUUUACUUGAGUAACUCUUCUUUUACUUGAGUAACUCGUCUAUUACUUGAGUGACACGUCUUUUACUUGAGUGACACGUCUUUUACUUGAGUGACUCUUCUUUUACUUGAGUAACUCGUCUAUUACUUGAGUGACACGUCUUUUACUUGAGUGACUCUUCUUUUACUUGAGUAACUCGUCUUUUACUUGAGUAACUCUUCUUUUACUUGAGUAACUCUUCUUUCACUUGAGUGACUCUUCUUUUACUUGAGUGACUCUUCUUUUACUUGAGUAACUCUUCUUUUACUUGAGUAACUCUUCUUUUACUUGAGUAACUCGUCUUUUACUUGAGUAACUCGUCUUUUACUUGAGUAACUCUUCUUUCACUUGAGUAACUCGUCUUUUACUUGAGUAACUCUUCUUUCACUUGAGUGACUCGUCUUUUACUUGAGUAACUCGUCUUUUACUUGAGUGACUCUUCUUUCACUUGAGUGACUCUUCUUUUACUUGAGUAACUCUUCUUUCACUUGAGUAACUCUUCUUUUACUUGAGUAACUCGUCUUUUACUUGAGUAACUCGUCUUUUACUUGAGUAACUCGUCUUUUACUUGAGUAACUCGUCUUUUACUUGAGUAACUCGUCUUUUACUUGAGUAACUCGUCUUUUACUUGAGUGACACGUCUUUUACUUGAGUAACUCUUCUUUCACUUGAGUGACUCUUCUUUUACUUGAGUAACUCUUCUUUCACUUGAGUGACUCGUCUUUUACUUGAGUAACUCGUCUUUUACUUGAGUGACUCUUCUUUCACUUGAGUAACUCUUCUUUCACUUGAGUAACUCGUCUUUUACUUGAGUAACUCGUCUUUUACUUGAGUAACUCUUCUUUUACUUGAGUGACUCUUCUUUCACUUGAGUGACUCGUCUUUCACUUGAGUAACUCUUCUUUUACUUGAGUAACUCGUCUUUUACUUGAGUAACUCUUCUUUCACUUGAGUGACUCUUCUUUCACUUGAGUAACUCUUCUUUUACUUGAGUAACUCGUCUUUUACUUGAGUGACUCUUCUUUUACUUGAGUAACUCUUCUUUUACUUGAGUAACUCUUCUUUCACUUGAGUAACUCUUCUUUUACUUGAGUAACUCGUCUUUUACUUGAGUAACUCGUCUUUUACUUGAGUAACUCGUCUUUCACUUGAGUAACUCUUCUUUUACUUGAGUAACUCGUCUUUUACUUGAGUAACUCGUCUUUUACUUGAGUAACUCUUCUUUUACUUGAGUAACUCUUCUUUUACUUGAGUAACUCGUCUUUUACUUGAGUAACUCUUCUUUUACUUGAGUAACUCUUCUUUUACUUGAGUAACUCGUCUUUUACUUGAGUAACUCGUCUUUCACUUGAGUAACUCUUCUUUUACUUGAGUAACUCGUCUUUUACUUGAGUAACUCGUCUUUUACUUGAGUAACUCGUCUUUCACUUGAGUAACUCGUCUUUUACUUGAGUAACUCGUCUUUUACUUGAGUAACUCGUCUUUUACUUGAGUAACUCGUCUUUUACUUGAGUAACUCGUCUUUUACUUGAGUAACUCGUCUUUUACUUGAGUAACUCGUCUUUUACUUGAGUAACUCGUCUUUUACUUGAGUAACUCGUCUUUUACUUGAGUAACUCGUCUUUUACUUGAGUAACUCGUCUUUUACUUGAGUAACUCGUCUUUUACUUGAGUAACUCGUCUUUUACUUGAGUAACUCGUCUUUUACUUGAGUAACUCGUCUUUUACUUGAGUAACUCGUCUUUUACUUGAGUAACUCGUCUUUUACUUGAGUAACUCGUCUUUUACUUGAGUAACUCGUCUUUUACUUGAGUAACUCGUCUUUUACUUGAGUAACUCGUCUUUUACUUGAGUAACUCGUCUUUUACUUGAGUAACUCGUCUUUUACUUGAGUAACUCGUCUUUUACUUGAGUAACUCGUCUUUUACUUGAGUAACUCGUCUUUUACUUGAGUAACUCGUCUUUUACUUGAGUAACUCGUCUUUUACUUGAGUAACUCGUCUUUUACUUGAGUAACUCGUCUUUUACUUGAGUAACUCGUCUUUUACUUGAGUAACUCGUCUUUUACUUGAGUAACUCGUCUUUUACUUGAGUAACUCGUCUUUUACUUGAGUAACUCGUCUUUUACUUGAGUAACUCGUCUUUUACUUGAGUAACUCGUCUUUUACUUGAGUAACUCGUCUUUUACUUGAGUAACUCGUCUUUUACUUGAGUAACUCGUCUUUUACUUGAGUAACUCGUCUUUUACUUGAGUAACUCGUCUUUUACUUGAGUAACUCGUCUUUUACUUGAGUAACUCGUCUUUUACUUGAGUAACUCGUCUUUUACUUGAGUAACUCGUCUUUUACUUGAGUAACUCGUCUUUUACUUGAGUAACUCGUCUUUUACUUGAGUAACUCGUCUUUUACUUGAGUAACUCUUCUUUUACUUGAGUAACUCGUCUUUUACUUGAGUAACUCGUCUUUUACUUGAGUAACUCGUCUUUUACUUGAGUAACUCGUCUUUUACUUGAGUAACUCUUCUUUUUCUUGAGUGACUCUUCUUUCACUUGAGUGACUCGUCUUUUACUUGAGUAACUCGUCUUUCACUUGAGUAACUCGUCUUUUACUUGAGUAACUCGUCUUUUACUUGAGUAACUCGUCUUUUACUUGAGUAACUCGUCUUUCACUUGAGUAACUCGUCUUUUACUUGAGUGACUCGUCUUUUACUUGAGUAACUCGUCUUUUACUUGAGUAACUCUUCUUUUACUUGAGUAACUCGUCUUUUACUUGAGUGACUCUUCUUUUACUUGAGUAACUCGUCUUUUACUUGAGUAACUCGUCUUUUACUUGAGUAACUCUUCUUUUUCUUGAGUGACUCUUCUUUCACUUGAGUGACUCGUCUUUCACUUGAGUAACUCUUCUUUUACUUGAGUAACUCUUCUUUUACUUGAGUAACUCGUCUUUUACUUGAGUAACUCGUCUUUUACUUGAGUAACUCUUCUUUCACUUGAGUGACUCGUCUUUCACUUGAGUAACUCUUCUUUUACUUGAGUAACUCGUCUUUUACUUGAGUAACUCGUCUUUUACUUGAGUAACUCUUCUUUUACUUGAGUAACUCGUCUUUUACUUGAGUAACUCGUCUUUUACUUGAGUAACUCGUCUUUUACUUGAGUAACUCUUCUUUUACUUGAGUAACUCGUCUUUUACUUGAGUAACUCGUCUUUUACUUGAGUAACUCGUCUUUUACUUGAGUAACUCUUCUUUUACUUGAGUGACUCGUCUUUUACUUGAGUGACUCUUCUUUUACUUGAGUAACUCUUCUUUUACUUGAGUAACUCUUCUUUUACUUGAGUAACUCUGCUUUUACUUGAGUAACUCUUCUUUUACUUGAGUAACUCUUCUUUUACUUGAGUGACUCUUCUUUUUCUUGAGUAACUCUUCUUUUACUUGAGUAACUCUUCUUUUACUUGAGUAACUCUUCUUUUACUUGAGUAACUCUUCUUUUACUUGAGUAACUCUUCUUUUACUUGAGUGACUCUUCUUUUUCUUGAGUAACUCUUCUUUUACUUGAGUAACUCGUCUUUUACUUGAGUAACUCUUCUUUUACUUGAGUAACUCGUCUUUUACUUGAGUGACUCUUCUUUUUCUUGAGUAACUCUUCUUUUACUUGAGUAACUCGUCUUUUACUUGAGUAACUCUUCUUUUACUUGAGUGACUCGUCUUUUACUUGAGUGACUCUUCUUUUACUUGAGUAACUCUUCUUUUACUUGAGUAACUCUUCUUUUACUUGAGUAACUCUGCUUUUACUUAAGUAACUCUUCUUUUACUUGAGUAACUCGUCUUUUACUUGAGUGACUCUUCUUUUUCUUGAGUAACUCUUCUUUUACUUGAGUAACUCUUCUUUUACUUGAGUAACUCUUCUUUUUCUUGAGUGACUCUUCUUUUUCUUGAGUAACUCUUCUUUUACUUGAGUAACUCGUCUUUUACUUGAGUAACUCUUCUUUUACUUGAGUGACUCGUCUUUUACUUGAGUGACUCUUCUUUUACUUGAGUAACUCUUCUUUUACUUGAGUAACUCUUCUUUUACUUGAGUAACUCUGCUUUUACUUAAGUAACUCUUCUUUUACUUGAGUAACUCGUCUUUUACUUGAGUGACUCUUCUUUUUCUUGAGUAACUCUUCUUUUACUUGAGUAACUCUUCUUUUACUUGAGUAACUCGUCUUUUACUUGAGUAACUCGUCUUUUACUUGAGUAACUCUUCUUUCACUUGAGUGACUCGUCUUUCACUUGAGUAACUCUUCUUUUACUUGAGUAACUCGUCUUUUACUUGAGUAACUCGUCUUUUACUUGAGUAACUCUUCUUUUACUUGAGUAACUCGUCUUUUACUUGAGUAACUCGUCUUUUACUUGAGUAACUCGUCUUUUACUUGAGUAACUCUUCUUUUACUUGAGUAACUCGUCUUUUACUUGAGUAACUCUUCUUUUACUUGAGUGACUCUUCUUUUACUUGAGUAACUCUUCUUUUACUUGAGUAACUCUUCUUUUACUUGAGUAACUCGUCUUUUACUUGAGUAACUCGUCUAUUACUUGAGUGACUCUUCUUUUACUUGAGUAACUCGUCUUUUACUUGAGUGACUCUUCUUUUACUUGAGUGACUCCUCUUUUACUUGAGUAACUCGUCUUUUACUUGAGUGACUCUUCUUUUACUUGAGUAACUCGUCUUUUACUUGAGUGACUCUUCUUUUACUUGAGUAACUCGUCUUUUACUUGAGUGACUCUUCUUUUACUUGAGUAACUCGUCUUUUACUUGAGUGACUCGUCUUUUACUUGAGUAACUCUUCUUUUACUUGAGUAACUCGUCUUUUACUUGAGUGACUCGUCUUUUACUUGAGUGACUCUUCUUUUACUUGAGUAACUCGUCUUUUACUUAAGUAACUCUUCUUUUACUUGAGUAACUCGUCUUUUACUUGAGUGACUCUUCUUUUUCUUGAGUAACUCUUCUUUUACUUGAGUAACUCUUCUUUUACUUGAGUAACUCGUCUUUUACUUGAGUAACUCGUCUUUUACUUGAGUAACUCUUCUUUCACUUGAGUGACUCGUCUUUCACUUGAGUAACUCUUCUUUUACUUGAGUAACUCGUCUUUUACUUGAGUAACUCGUCUUUUACUUGAGUAACUCUUCUUUUACUUGAGUAACUCGUCUUUUACUUGAGUAACUCGUCUUUUACUUGAGUAACUCGUCUUUUACUUGAGUAACUCGUCUUUUACUUGAGUAACUCGUCUUUUACUUGAGUAACUCGUCUUUUACUUGAGUAACUCGUCUUUUACUUGAGUAACUCGUCUUUUACUUGAGUAACUCGUCUUUUACUUGAGUAACUCGUCUUUUACUUGAGUAACUCGUCUUUUACUUGAGUAACUCGUCUUUUACUUGAGUAACUCGUCUUUUACUUGAGUAACUCGUCUUUUACUUGAGUAACUCGUCUUUUACUUGAGUAACUCGUCUUUUACUUGAGUAACUCGUCUUUUACUUGAGUAACUCGUCUUUUACUUGAGUAACUCGUCUUUUACUUGAGUAACUCGUCUUUUACUUGAGUAACUCGUCUUUUACUUGAGUAACUCGUCUUUUACUUGAGUAACUCGUCUUUUACUUGAGUAACUCGUCUUUUACUUGAGUAACUCGUCUUUUACUUGAGUAACUCGUCUUUUACUUGAGUAACUCGUCUUUUACUUGAGUAACUCGUCUUUUACUUGAGUAACUCGUCUUUUACUUGAGUAACUCGUCUUUUACUUGAGUAACUCGUCUUUUACUUGAGUAACUCGUCUUUUACUUGAGUAACUCGUCUUUUACUUGAGUAACUCGUCUUUUACUUGAGUAACUCGUCUUUUACUUGAGUAACUCGUCUUUUACUUGAGUAACUCGUCUUUUACUUGAGUAACUCGUCUUUUACUUGAGUAACUCGUCUUUUACUUGAGUAACUCGUCUUUUACUUGAGUAACUCGUCUUUUACUUGAGUAACUCGUCUUUUACUUGAGUAACUCGUCUUUUACUUGAGUAACUCGUCUUUUACUUGAGUAACUCGUCUUUUACUUGAGUAACUCGUCUUUUACUUGAGUAACUCGUCUUUUACUUGAGUAACUCGUCUUUUACUUGAGUAACUCGUCUUUUACUUGAGUAACUCGUCUUUUACUUGAGUAACUCGUCUUUUACUUGAGUAACUCGUCUUUUACUUGAGUAACUCGUCUUUUACUUGAGUAACUCGUCUUUUACUUGAGUAACUCGUCUUUUACUUGAGUAACUCGUCUUUUACUUGAGUAACUCGUCUUUUACUUGAGUAACUCGUCUUUUACUUGAGUAACUCGUCUUUUACUUGAGUAACUCGUCUUUUACUUGAGUAACUCGUCUUUUACUUGAGUAACUCGUCUUUUACUUGAGUAACUCGUCUUUUACUUGAGUAACUCGUCUUUUACUUGAGUAACUCGUCUUUUACUUGAGUAACUCGUCUUUUACUUGAGUAACUCGUCUUUUACUUGAGUAACUCGUCUUUUACUUGAGUAACUCGUCUUUUACUUGAGUAACUCGUCUUUUACUUGAGUAACUCGUCUUUUACUUGAGUAACUCGUCUUUUACUUGAGUAACUCGUCUUUUACUUGAGUAACUCGUCUUUUACUUGAGUAACUCGUCUUUUACUUGAGUAACUCGUCUUUUACUUGAGUAACUCGUCUUUUACUUGAGUAACUCGUCUUUUACUUGAGUAACUCGUCUUUUACUUGAGUAACUCGUCUUUUACUUGAGUAACUCGUCUUUUACUUGAGUAACUCGUCUUUUACUUGAGUAACUCGUCUUUUACUUGAGUAACUCGUCUUUUACUUGAGUAACUCUUCUUUUACUUGAGUAACUCGUCUUUUACUUGAGUAACUCGUCUUUUACUUGAGUAACUCGUCUUUUACUUGAGUAACUCGUCUUUUACUUGAGUAACUCUUCUUUUUCUUGAGUGACUCUUCUUUCACUUGAGUGACUCGUCUUUUACUUGAGUAACUCGUCUUUCACUUGAGUAACUCGUCUUUUACUUGAGUAACUCGUCUUUUACUUGAGUAACUCGUCUUUUACUUGAGUAACUCGUCUUUCACUUGAGUAACUCGUCUUUUACUUGAGUGACUCGUCUUUUACUUGAGUAACUCGUCUUUUACUUGAGUAACUCUUCUUUUACUUGAGUAACUCGUCUUUUACUUGAGUGACUCUUCUUUUACUUGAGUAACUCGUCUUUUACUUGAGUAACUCGUCUUUUACUUGAGUAACUCUUCUUUUUCUUGAGUGACUCUUCUUUCACUUGAGUGACUCGUCUUUCACUUGAGUGACUCUUCUUUUACUUGAGUAACUCGUCUUUUACUUGAGUGACUCUUCUUUUACUUGAGUAACUCGUCUUUUACUUGAGUGACUCGUCUUUUACUUGAGUGACUCUUCUUUCACUUGAGUGACUCGUCUUUCACUUGAGUGACUCUUCUUUUACUUGAGUAACUCGUCUUUUACUUGAGUGACUCUUCUUUUACUUGAGUAACUCUUCUUUUACUUGAGUGACUCUUCUUUUACUUGAGUAACUCUUCUUUUACUUGAGUAACUCUUCUUUUACUUGAGUAACUCGUCUUUUACUUGAGUAACUCGUCUUUUACUUGAGUGACUCGUCUUUUACUUGAGUGACUCUUCUUUUACUUGAGUGACUCUUCUUUUACUUGAGUAACUCGUCUUUUACUUGAGUAACUCUUCUUUUACUUGAGUAACUCGUCUUUUACUUGAGUAACUCGUCUUUUACUUGAGUAACUCGUCUUUUACUUGAGUGACUCUUCUUUUACUUGAGUAACUCGUCUUUUACUUGAGUAACUCUUCUUUUACUUGAGUAACUCUUCUUUUACUUGAGUGACUCUUCUUUUACUUGAGUAACUCUUCUUUUACUUGAGUAACUCUUCUUUUACUUGAGUAACCCGUCUUUUACUUGAGUGACUCGUCUUUCACUUGAGUAACUCGUCUUUUACUUGAGUAACUCGUCUUUUACUUGAGUGACUCGUCUUUUACUUGAGUGACUCGUCUUUUACUUGAGUAACUCGUCUUUUACUUGAGUAACUCGUCUUUUACUUGAGUGACUCUUCUUUUACUUGAGUAACUCGUCUUUUACUUGAGUAACUCGUCUUUUACUUGAGUAACUCUUCUUUUACUUGAGUAACUCGUCUUUUACUUGAGUGACUCUUCUUUUUCUUGAGUGACUCGUCUUUUACUUGAGUGACUCUUCUUUUACUUGAGUAACUCGUCUUUUACUUGAGUAACUCGUCUUUUACUUGAGUGACUCUUCUUUUUCUUGAGUGACUCGUCUUUUACUUGAGUGACUCUUCUUUUACUUGAGUGACUCUUCUUUUUCUUGAGUAACUCGUCUUUUACUUGAGUAACUCGUCUUUUACUUGAGUAACUCGUCUUUUACUUGAGUGACUCUUCUUUUACUUGAGUAACUCGUCUUUUACUUGAGUGACUCUUCUUUUUCUUGAGUGACUCGUCUUUUACUUGAGUGACUCUUCUUUUACUUGAGUAACUCGUCUUUUACUUGAGUAACUCGUCUUUUACUUGAGUGACUCUUCUUUUUCUUGAGUGACUCGUCUUUUACUUGAGUGACUCUUCUUUUACUUGAGUGACUCUUCUUUUUCUUGAGUAACUCGUCUUUUACUUGAGUAACUCGUCUUUUACUUGAGUAACUCUUCUUUUACUUGAGUAACUCGUCUUUUACUUGAGUGACUCUUCUUUUACUUGAGUGACUCUUCUUUUACUUGAGUAACUCGUCUUUUACUUGAGUGACUCUUCUUUUUCUUGAGUGACUCUUCUUUUACUUGAGUGACUCGUCUUUUACUUGAGUGACUCGUCUUUUACUUGAGUGACUCUUCUUUCACUUGAGUGACUCGUCUUUUACUUGAGUAACUCGUCUUUUACUUGAGUAACUCGUCUUUUACUUGAGUGACUCUUCUUUUACUUGAGUGACUCGUCUUUUACUUGAGUGACUCUUCUUUUACUUGAGUGACUCUUCUUUUACUUGAGUGACUCGUCUUUUACUUGAGUGACUCGUCUUUUACUUGAGUGACUCUUCUUUUACUUGAGUGACUCUUCUUUUACUUGAGUGACUCUUCUUUUACUUGAGUGACUCUUCUUUUACUUGAGUGACUCGUCUUUUACUUGAGUGACUCGUCUUUUACUUGAGUGACUCUUCUUUUACUUGAGUAACUCGUCUUUUACUUGAGUGACUCUUCUUUUACUUGAGUGACUCUUCUUUUACUUGAGUAACUCGUCUUUUACUUGAGUGACUCUUCUUUUUCUUGAGUGACUCUUCUUUUACUUGAGUGACUCGUCUUUUACUUGAGUGACUCGUCUUUUACUUGAGUGACUCUUCUUUCACUUGAGUGACUCGUCUUUUACUUGAGUGACUCGUCUUUUACUUGAGUGACUCUUCUUUUACUUGAGUGACUCUUCUUUCACUUGAGUGACUCGUCUUUUACUUGAGUGACUCGUCUUUUACUUGAGUGACUCGUCUUUUACUUGAGUGACUCUUCUUUUACUUGAGUAACUCGUCUUUUUCUUGAGUGACUCUUCUUUUUCUUGAGUAACUCGUCUUUUACUUGAGUGACUCGUCUUUUACUUGAGUGACUCGUCUUUUACUUGAGUGACUCUUCUUUUACUUGAGUGACUCGUCUUUUACUUGAGUAACUCUUCUUUUACUUGAGUGACUCUUCUUUCACUUGAGUGACUCGUCUUUUACUUGAGUGACUCUUCUUUUACUUGAGUGACUCUUCUUUUACUUGAGUGACUCUUCUUUUACUUGAGUGACUCUUCUUUUACUUGAGUAACUCUUCUUUUACUUGAGUGACUCGUCUUUUACUUGAGUAACUCUUCUUUUACUUGAGUGACUCUUCUUUUACUUGAGUGACUCUUCUUUUACUUGAGUGACUCUUCUUUUACUUGAGUGACUCUUCUUUUACUUGAGUGACUCGUCUUUUACUUGAGUAACUCUUCUUUUACUUGAGUGACUCUUCUUUUACUUGAGUGACUCUUCUUUUACUUGAGUGACUCGUCUUUUACUUGAGUAACUCUUCUUUUACUUGAGUAACUCUUCUUUUACUUGAGUAACUCUUCUUUUACUUGAGUAACUCUUCUUUUACUUGAGUGACUCGUCUUUUACUUGAGUAACUCGUCUUUUACUUGAGUGACUCGUCUUUUUCUUGAGUGACUCGUCUUUUACUUGAGUGACUCGUCUUUUACUUGAGUGACUCGUCUUUUACUUGAGUGACUCGUCUUUUACUUGAGUAACUCGUCUUUUACUUGAGUGACUCGUCUUUUACUUGAGUGACUCGUCUUUUACUUGAGUGACUCGUCUUUUACUUGAGUAACUCGUCUUUUACUUGAGUAACUCGUCUUUUACUUGAGUGACUCUUCUUUUUCUUGAGUAACUCGUCUUUUUCUUGAGUAACUCGUCUUUUACUUGAGUGACUCGUCUUUUACUUGAGUGACUCGUCUUUUACUUGAGUGACUCUUCUUUUUCUUGAGUAACUCGUCUUUUACUUGAGUGACUCUUCUUUUACUUGAGUGACUCGUCUUUUACUUGAGUGACUCGUCUAUUACUUGAGUGACUCUUCUUUUACUUGAGUGACUCUUCUUUUACUUGAGUGACUCGUCUUUUACUUGAGUAACUCUUCUUUUUCUUGAGUAACUCGUCUUUUACUUGAGUGACUCGUCUUUUACUUGAGUGACUCGUCUUUUACUUGAGUGACUCGUCUAUUACUUGAGUGACUCUUCUUUUACUUGAGUGACUCUUCUUUUACUUGAGUGACUCGUCUUUUACUUGAGUGACUCGUCUUUUACUUGAGUGACUCGUCUUUUACUUGAGUGACUCUUCUUUUACUUGAGUGACUCGUCUUUUACUUGAGUGACUCGUCUUUUACUUGAGUGACUCGUCUUUUACUUGAGUGACUCUUCUUUUACUUGAGUGACUCGUCUUUUUCUUGAGUAACUCGUCUUUUACUUGAGUAACCCGUCUUUUACUUGAGUGACUCUUCUUUUACUUGAGUGACUCUUCUUUUACUUGAGUGAGUCGUCUUUUACUUGAGUGACUCGUCUUUUACUUGAGUGACUCUUCUUUUACUUGAGUAACCCGUCUUUUACUUGAGUGAGUCGUCUUUUACUUGAGUGAGUCGUCUUUUACUUGAGUGACUCUUCUUUUACUUGAGUGACUCUUCUUUUACUUGAGUGAGUCGUCUUUUACUUGAGUGACUCUUCUUUUACUUGAGUGACUCUUCUUUUACUUGAGUAACCCGUCUUUUACUUGAGUGACUCUUCUUUUACUUGAGUAACUCGUCUUUUACUUGAGUGACUCGUCUUUUACUUGAGUGACUCGUCUUUUACUUGAGUGACUCUUCUUUUACUUGAGUGACUCGUCUUUUACUUGAGUAACUCGUCUUUUACUUGAGUGACUCGUCUUUUACUUGAGUUACUCGUCUUUUACUUGAGUGACUCGUCUAUUACUUGAGUGACUCUUCUUUUACUUGAGUGACUCUUCUUUUACUUGAGUGACUCGUCUUUUACUUGAGUGACUCGUCUUUUACUUGAGUGACUCGUCUUUUACUUGAGUGACUCGUCUUUUACUUGAGUGACUCGUCUUUUACUUGAGUAACUCUUCUUUUACUUGAGUAACUCGUCUUUUACUUGAGUGACUCGUCUUUUACUUGAGUAACUCGUCUUUUACUUGAGUAACUCGUCUUUUACUUGAGUAACUCUUCUUUUACUUGAGUUACUCGUCUUUUACUUGAGUAACUCUUCUUUUACUUGAGUAACUCUUCUUUUACUUGAGUAACUCUUCUUUUACUUGAGUAACUCGUCUUUUACUUGAGUGACUCGUCUUUUACUUGAGUUACUCGUCUUUUACUUGAGUAACUCUUCUUUUACUUGAGUAACUCGUCUUUUACUUGAGUAACUCGUCUUUUACUUGAGUAACUCUUCUUUUACUUGAGUAACUCGUCUUUUACUUGAGUAACUCGUCUUUUACUUGAGUAACUCGUCUUUUACUUGAGUAACUCUUCUUUUACUUGAGUAACUCGUCUUUUACUUGAGUAACUCUUCUUUUACUUGAGUAACUCGUCUUUUACUUGAGUGACUCGUCUUUUACUUGAGUGACUCGUCUUUUACUUGAGUAACUCUUCUUUUACUUGAGUAACUCGUCUUUUACUUGAGUAACUCUUCUUUUACUUGAGUAACUCGUCUUUUACUUGAGUAACUCGUCUUUUACUUGAGUGACUCGUCUUUUACUUGAGUAACUCGUCUUUUACUUGAGUAACUCGUCUUUUACUUGAGUAACUCGUCUUUUACUUGAGUAACUCGUCUUUUACUUGAGUGACUCGUCUUUUACUUGAGUAACUCGUCUUUUACUUGAGUAACUCGUCUUUUACUUGAGUAACUCGUCUUUUACUUGAGUAACUCGUCUUUUACUUGAGUGACUCGUCUUUUACUUGAGUGACUCGUCUUUUACUUGAGUAACUCGUCUUUUACUUGAGUAACUCUUCUUUUACUUGAGUAACUCUUCUUUUACUUGAGUAACUCUUCUUUUACUUGAGUGACUCGUCUUUUACUUGAGUAACUCGUCUUUUACUUGAGUAACUCGUCUUUUACUUGAGUAACUCGUCUUUUACUUGAGUAACUCGUCUUUUACUUGAGUGACUCGUCUUUUACUUGAGUAACUCGUCUUUUACUUGAGUAACUCGUCUUUUACUUGAGUAACUCGUCUUUUACUUGAGUGACUCUUCUUUUACUUGAGUGACUCUUCUUUUACUUGAGUAACCCGUCUUUUACUUGAGUGACUCUUCUUUUACUUGAGUGACUCGUCUUUUACUUGAGUGACUCGUCUUUUACUUGAGUGACUCGUCUUUUACUUGAGUGACUCUUCUUUUACUUGAGUAACUCGUCUUUUACUUGAGUGACUCGUCUUUUACUUGAGUGACUCGUCUUUUACUUGAGUGACUCGUCUUUUACUUGAGUGACUCGUCUUUUACUUGAGUUACUCGUCUUUUACUUGAGUUACUCGUCUUUUACUUGAGUGACUCGUCUAUUACUUGAGUGACUCUUCUUUUACUUGAGUGACUCUUCUUUUACUUGAGUGACUCGUCUUUUACUUGAGUGAGUCGUCUUUUACUUGAGUGACUCGUCUUUUACUUGAGUGACUCGUCUUUUACUUGAGUGUCUCGUCUUUUACUUGAGUGACUCGUCUUUUACUUGAGUGACUCGUCUUUUACUUGAGUGAGUCGUCUUUUACUUGAGUGACUCGUCUUUUACUUGAGUGACUCGUUAUUUACUUGAGUGGCUUGUGGUUUACUUGAGUGACUCGACUCGUGGUUUACUUGACUGAGACGAGGUUUACUUGUGUGACUUCGAGUUUUCUAAUGUUUAGAUUGAAAUUUAAAAAAAGAAAACAACAUCAAAAAGAUGUAUUUAUUUAUAUCCUCAACUUCAGCAGUAAUUUAAACAUGAAAACGUCUCCUAAACUUCAACAGUAAUUUAAACAUGAAAACUUCUCCUAAACUUCAGCAGUAAUUUAAACAUGAAAACUUCUCCUAAACUUCAGCAGUAAUUUAAAUAUAAAAAACUCUCUUAACUUCAACUCAUCAGAGCGUACAAUGCAAAGAAAAUCUUUCUCUGACUCUUCAGUGCCACCGAAUGCAAGGCCCUCAGCAGCCGACUUGCCAUCCUGGUCAAAGGAAAGCUGAUCUACGACGGCAGUCCGAAGGAUAUCAUGGUCAGACACGCCCAUGGUCUCACAGUGACCAUCCACGCCAAGACGGACGACAAGGGUCAGCCUGUGCCACUCGUUGAUGUGGUGUUGUAUGUCAAAGAAGGGUUCCCACAGACGAAGGUGAGUCUAGUGAUAAGUCUGCUGAUUGAACAAACAGUCAGUCUGGUGUUUGAACAAAAGUUCAGUCUGGUGUUUGAACAAAAGUUCAGUCUGGUGUUUGAACAAAAGUUCAGUCUGGUGUUUGAACAAAAGUUCAGUCUGGUGUUUGAACAAAAGUUCAGUCUGGUGUUUGAACAAAAGUUCAGAGUGGUGUUUGAAGAAAAGGUGAGCCUGGUAUUUUAACAAAAGGUAAGCAUGUUGAUUUAACAAAGGGUAAGACUGUCGAUUUAACAAAAGGUAAGUCUGUUGAUUUAAGAAAAGGUCUGGAUGUUGAUUUAACAAAAGGUACGUCUGUUGAUUUAAGAAAAGGUCUGGAUGUUGAUUUAACAAAAGGUAAGUCUGUUGAUUUAAGAAAAGGUCUGGAUGUUGAUUUAACAAAAGGUACGUCUGUUGAUUUAAGAAAAGGUCUGGAUGUUGAUUUAACAAAAGGUAAGUCUGUUGAUAUAAGAAAAGGUCUGGUGUUUUAAUAAAAGGUAGGUCUGGUGUUUUAAAUCCUCAAGGUCUGGGAUUAUUCUUCUACGAUUUUAAGCUGGUGCCCAACAGCAAACCGCCUCUCUCCACGCCGCUGGAUAACCCAAAGGAACAUCAUGUGUAUGAUACAGCUUGGCACCAGUGGCGUCGCAGGAUUUGUCGGAAUGUUAUCCGCCUAAGGACUGCAUCUCCGGGUUUGAAUUCAGAGUUUCCUUCUCUUAGGUGAUUUGCCAUCCCAAGGUUAACGAGUCCCAUCCACCCGGUGUUCUGAUGAUGUUUUUGCUUGAUUUGGCUUUGGUGGGGAUUGAACUCUAGACCAUCAACUUGAGAUUUGCUCGGCCACCCAGCACCCACAGUCGGGUCUUUUAACAACCGAAUAAUGAAAGAAAACCGGUUCAUUUAAUCAAUAGGAUGAUAUUUAAUUUAAAGAAUAAGAAUUUGCUACAUGAAUGUUGUACAAAAUACAGAGAACAUAGUGAUACUAGUGGUAGAUUACACAGAAAAACGAUGAAAGAACAUGACAGAAGACACAUCGAACAGCUUAGGUAUUAAUACACUUGGUCAGGUAAAUUUCGUUUGAAAUGUCUCCCGCUAGCUCAUGUGAAAAUAUAUGAUGGUAAUGUCUUACAGAAAUGAUCCCCCCCCCCAACCUUGAUGUUAAUGUUUUGAAGAAAUGAUUCCCCCUACCCCACCCCCCAAAAAAAAUACAACAAAAAAACAAAAACAAAAACAAAAACAACAACCCUUAUCAAGUUACAUACGAGAUUUUCAAUGGCUGAUCCCAAUAUCCAGAGCAGCAGUUCUCAACCUGACUGAUGCCGCCACCCUUUAAUACAAAUCCUCAGGUGUGGCGACCCCCCAGCCACAAAAUUAUUUCCGUUGUUGCUUCAUAACUGUAGAGCAUAUAUGUUUUACGAUUGUCCUAGGCGACCCCUGUGAAAGGGUCGUCCGGCUCCCAAAGGGGUCGCGACCCACAGGUUGAGAACCGCGGCUUCAGAGGCUCAAAGAGUUGUGUGUUGUUCACAGGUUGUAUUUUGGUAAAAACAAUAGUUGUGUUUUUAGAAUUUAGUGCUCACCUUUGUUGUUGUUGUUGCUACUUUAAAUAAGUUUUUUUUUCAGUUGUGAAUAGGGGACAAGUUGUGGUGAACCAUUUGUGUAAAGGGCAUUUCCGAAAACGUAUUUGAAACAAUAUGUGUUUGAAGGUUUUAGUCGAUAUAAUUCUAAAAUCAUUGUAAAAUUGUGACAUAAAUAUCAGCAUGAUACACGAUUUUAUCCCCAAAAUACCUUUAUGUAACAUAUAUAUAUUUAUAUAAAUAUAUAUAUAAAUAUAUAUAUAUAUAUAUAUAUAUAUAUAUAUAUAUAUAUAUGUUCACUUUANUAUAUAUAUAUAUAUAGGACCAAUUACCAUUGCUUCAUUUAAAUGCCUUCGAUUUCUUUAACCAACUGCAUCCUAUUAUUUUACAGUUGAUAGCUGAAGGGGAAGAGAGUGUUCACCUGUAUGUCCCCAUCAACAACAAACCAAUCUACCGACUGUUCGCCACCCUCCAGAUGGCCCACCACAAAAUUGGCUUUGAAAAAUUCUUGAUCCGCUACACCACGAUGGAGGAUGUGUACACCAUGUUUCAGCACGUGACUUGAUUGUUUGACAUGAGCGUAGCCAACCUUGACAUUAAAGAUAAUUUUAAGACUGAAGUUUAAG